AUGGCUGCAAUCUUAAGUACACCAGCCUAUCUCAAACCUACUCAAUCGAAUAUCAAAUCCUUUAAAACCCAUAAACGUUUAAUAUGUUGUUGUUCAUCACUUAAACAGACCAAUCUCCAUACAUCUACUACUACUACAACUACAACUACUUCUAAUAAGUAUUAUUCCUCCAUUAGGUUCCCAAAGUUUGUUUCUUGGGCUGCUGCAUCUGAAGAAGCUAUAGAUAUCACUAGCCAUGUCGAAGAAACUCAAACCCAGAAACUUUUAGAGAAUGAAAUUUUGGAGGAGGAAUCAACUCAAACAAGUAAUAAUCAAAUUCCUGAUACUGAAGAAAAAUUACCUUCAGCUGUUUCAGAGUCGCUAAGGUUAUAUAAAGAAGCUUUGGCAAGCAAUGAUGUGUCCGGGAUUGUUGAAAUACAGGCCUGCCUUCAAUCUCUUUAUGAUGAGAAAAAGGUUUUGGAAAAUAAAGUAGCUGCAUUGUCUAUAGAAGUGGCAUUGGAAAAGGAUCGGAGACUAAGGAUAAAUGCAGAUUUUUAUAACUUUCGGAAGAGGGUGGAGAGAGAACGGCUCUCACUGGUGACUAACAUGCGGGAGGAAGUGGUGGAAAGUUUGUUACCUGUGCUGGAUAACUUCGAGAGUGUUAUCUCCGAAAUCAAAGUGGAGACUGACGGUGAAAAAAAGAUUAAUAACAGCUAUCAGAGCAUUUUUCAAACAGUAUCUUGAGAUAUUAGGAUCUUUAGGCGUUGUCCCUGUGGAUGCAGCUGGGAACCCCUAUGAGCCUACGGUAAGAUUUUAAGCUUUCUCGAGUUCUUUUUACUUUUUUUUGAAAUUAGUAUGGUGAUUAUUUGCCUGGCGUUUUUAGGGGCCAUCCCAAAGGAUUUAGGGGCCAUCAAUUUAUACCCAGCCAAAGACUCUA